AUCAUUUUCAAAGUGCUCGCGCAUACCUGAUUCAACUCACGCAUGCUUUGCGUGCAAAUUUCCACUGAAAAAGAGGAAUGGAAGUGACUUGUUGGCAGAAUUUUCCACAUGGGAAGAACAUUUCUGGAAAAUGGCUUAUCUCCUCUCUAUCACCCUAUCUCCACCCUAUGACGAUUGGCAUGUACUUAACAAUCACAACCAAAGGACAAUGACAUCACAUCCCAAAAAUCGACAGGAUAAUCUCGGAAUGCAGACGCAAUAAGCUGCAAAAGGCAGGUUCGCUCACACCACAAUGCCUGUAACUUUAGGGGUUCUCUUUUUUGCAGUUUCUUUGGGGGCUCUCUUUUUUGCAGUUUAAAGGAACUCGUCCCGAUCUCAGCCUUCUUGUAUCCAAUGAUCAAGAAUUCAAGACACUCCUUCUACUCAUUGCAAGUUUGCAAAGCUUGCGAAAGCUUCCAAGAUACAAUCAUGCAGCGAGACAUGGCAGCCUUGGCAUUCCACUCUCUCGGUGCAGCAGACUUCGCGAGCUUCCUCCUGGUGCAGCAUGGCUCGCUCGUCGACAAGUCCUACUCGGGCAGCGCGGCUGGCGCCAACGACCCUUGGUGCAGCUACGGCGUGGGCGUUGGGGAGCAGGCCAGGACCGGGGCGCGCGACGAGCGGAAGGAGAGGCGGCUGGCGUCGAACCGCGAGUCGGCGCGGCGGGCGCGUGCGCGGCGGCGAAGGCGGCUGGACGAGCUGUCCUCGCGCGCCGCGGAGCUCCGCGCCGCCAACGUGCGGCUGGUGGUGGAGCUGAACCGCGUGGCGGCCUCGCACACGCGGGCGGCGCGGGAGAACGCGCGGCUCGGGGAGGAGGCCCGCAGCCUGCGGGAGAGGCUCGCCACGGCGGAAGCGAAGGCAGCGGAUCGAGUCGGCGAUGAAGCUCGGGCGCCAAAGGAAUAGAGAAGUAUUCGACUGCAUAUAUUUUAGUGUUUUUUAGGAUGAGAGAGGACGAGAUGGGAAAUACGUGUAUUUACAGACUAGAUCUAAUUUAUAGUAUGAUUGGAUCUAAUUCAUAGCAUACCACAUGAUAAAGUAAUUAUAAAAUUUGUGAUGGAGUUAUUAAAAAUCAUGUGUAAGAAAAUAAACAAGGAAAUAAAUUACCAUGUGUCCAGACCGCAAAUGUAUGAGACCACAUCUCUUAGAAUUAUUUUCCAAAAGGAGAUUAUUACGUUGACCAUAGCUAAGUAGACUUGAUCCCUCGAGCUCUAAAUACUUAUCGUGAGCAGUAAUCGUCGAGCUCCAUGGAUUGCUCACUCUAUGAUUCUCUGAACUUUCUCCAUGCUUUCGUUGGCUACAUGUCGAUUUUUGGAAUUCCAUAUAGGGCGGUACAAUGCCCUGUUUUGAACGUCCCGGAAUGGAUCGAACCGUCUGCUGUGCCUGCGAAUUCUUACAUUCCAAAGAGACCUUAGCUACUGGCAGGGGAUGAAGGAAGGUACACAGCACGAGGAUGGCCUGGCCGCCGGUUGUCA